AUGGUUAACUUCACUGUUGAGCAAAUGCGAGAGCUGAUGGACAAGGUUAGCAAUGUGCGAAACAUGUCCGUCAUUGCCCACGUCGACCACGGAAAGUCCACCCUGACCGACUCUCUGGUCCAGAAGGCCGGUAUCAUUUCCGCCGCCAAGGCUGGUGAGGCUCGAUUCACUGACACCCGAAAGGAUGAGCAGGAGCGAGGUAUCACCAUUAAGUCUACCGCCAUUUCUCUUUACGCCCAGAUGGACGAUGAGGAUGUCAAGGAGAUCAAGCAGAAGACCGUUGGUAACGAGUUCCUGGUCAACCUGAUUGACUCCCCCGGUCACGUUGACUUCUCUUCCGAGGUCACCGCCGCCCUCCGAGUCACCGAUGGUGCCCUUGUCGUUGUCGACUGUAUCGAGGGUGUCUGUGUCCAGACCGAGACUGUCCUGCGACAGGCCCUUGGUGAGCGAAUCAAGCCCGUUUGCGUCAUCAACAAGGUUGACCGAGCUCUGCUCGAGCUGCAGAUCACCAAGGAGGAUCUCUACACCUCUUUCCAGCGAACCGUCGAGUCCGUUAACGUCAUCAUUGCCACCUACGUUGACAAGGCUCUCGGUGACUGCCAGGUCUACCCCGAGAGGGGUACCGUUGCCUUUGCCUCCGGUCUCCACGGAUGGGCUUUCACUGUCCGACAGUUUGCCGUCCGAUACGCCAAGAAGUUUGGUGUUGACCGAGAAAAGAUGAUGCAGCGACUGUGGGGUGACUCUUACUUCAACCCCAAGACCAAGAAGUGGACCAACAAGGACACCGACGCUGACGGAAAGCCUCUUGACCGAGCUUUCAACAUGUUCGUCCUCGACCCCAUCUUCCGAAUCUUCUCUGCCAUCAUGAACUUCAAGAAGGACGAGAUCCCCGCCCUCCUCGAGAAGCUUGAGAUCAACCUCAAGACCGACGAGAAGGAGCUCGAGGGUAAGGCUCUCCUCAAGGUCGUUAUGCGAAAGUUCCUGCCCGCCGCUGACGCUCUCCUUGAGAUGAUUGUCAUCCACCUCCCCUCCCCCAUCACUGCUCAGAACUACCGAGCUGACACCCUCUACGAGGGCCCCAUCGACGAUCCUUUCGGACAGGGUAUCAAGAACUGUGACCCCAACGCCGACCUCAUGCUGUACGUCUCCAAGAUGGUCCCCACCUCCGAUAAGGGUCGAUUCUACGCUUUCGGUCGUGUCUUCGCUGGUACUGUCAAGUCCGGCCAGAAGGUCCGAAUCCAGGGUCCCGACUACAUCCCCGGCCAGAAGAAGGAUCUUUUCGUUAAGGCUAUCCAGCGAUGUGUUCUUAUGAUGGGACGAUUCGUCGAGCCCAUUGAGGAUGUCCCCGCCGGUAACAUUGUCGGUCUGGUCGGUGUUGACCAGUUCCUGCUCAAGUCCGGAACCCUCACCACCAACGAGGCUGCCCACAACCUUAAGGUUAUGAAGUUCUCCGUCUCCCCCGUCGUGCAGGUCGCCGUCGAGGUCAAGAACGCCAACGAUCUGCCCAAGCUCGUUGAGGGUCUUAAGCGACUCUCCAAGUCCGACCCUUGUGUCCUGACUUACAUCUCCGAGUCCGGUGAGCACAUUGUCGCCUGCACUGGUGAGCUCCAUCUCGAGAUUUGUCUGCUCGAUCUCGAGCAGGACCACGCCGGUGUCCCUCUUAAGAAGUCUCCUCCCGUUGUUUCUUACCGAGAGACCGUCUCCGCCGAGUCUUCCAUGACCGCCCUCUCCAAGUCCCCCAACAAGCAUAACCGACUUUACGUUGUUGCUGUCCCUCUUGACGAGGAGGUCUCUCUGGCCAUUGAGUCCGGCAAGAUCUCUCCCCGAGACGAUUUCAAGGCUCGAGCCCGUGUCCUUGCUGACGACUACGGUUGGGAUGUCACCGAGGCCCGAAAGAUCUGGUGCUUCGGUCCCGACGGUACCGGUGCCAACGUUGUUGUUGACACCACCAAGGCCGUCCAGUACCUUGCUGAGAUCAAGGACUCCGUUGUUGCCGGUUUCAACUGGGCUACCAAGGAGGGUCCUAUCUUCAACGAGAACAUGCGAUCCGUCCGAGUCAACAUCAUGGAUGUCACCCUGCACGCCGAUGCUAUCCAUCGAGGUACCGGUCAGAUCAUGCCUACCAUGCGAUCCGUCACUUACGCCGCCAUGCUGCUUGCCGAGCCCCGAAUCCAGGAGCCCGUCUUCCUUGUCGAGAUCCAGUGUCCCGAGAACGCCGUCGGUGGUAUCUACUCCGUCCUUAACAAGAAGCGAGGACAGGUUGUCUCUGAGGAGCAGCGACCCGGUACCCCCCUGUUCACCAUCAAGGCUUACCUGCCUGUUAACGAGUCUUUCGGUUUCACUGGUGAGCUCCGACAGGCUACCGGUGGCCAGGCCUUCCCCCAGAUGGUUUUCGACCAUUGGGAGGCUAUGAGCGGCUCUCCUCUCGACCCCUCCUCCAAGCCCGGAGCUAUUGUCUGCGAGACCCGAAAGCGACGAGGUAUGAAGGAGAACGUUCCCGGUUACGAGGAGUACUACGACAAGCUCUAA